AUGACCCAACACCACCCACCGCCUCUCAGCACCUUCACCUUCAUCGCAAACUCAGGACAACCAUAUCUCCGUCACGAUGAAACGGGUGUGUUUGUUGUGGCUGAUGGUGGUGGCACGAAAGGUUUGACUGGGCUUCAUCGGGGAGGUUUUCUACGAGGCCUUCACUGUGGAGGAAUCAAGGUGCCUCAACCAUGCAGUGACAAUACCAAAGUGGGAUUGGUUGCCAACAUUGAUGAAGCUGUACCAGAUGUCGCGGUGAAGAAUGGCGGAUCGCUCUCUCUGAUCACAUCGGAGAAUUUUCCGGUGCUCAGACAGGUCGGAUUAGGUGCAAGUCUUGCAAAAUUGGAAGCUAAUGCCAUGUUAGCGCCCAUGUACACAGCAGAUUCAUCAGUUCAAAUGGUUUAUGUCAGCAGAGGCAGUGGAAGGGUUCAAAUGGUGGGGUUUAAUGGUCAGAAUGUUUUAGACACCAAAGUGCAGGCUGGGAAGCUUUUUGUUGUGCCCAAAUUCUUCACUGUUUCAGUAAUUGCAGAAGGAGAAGGAAUGGAGUGUUUCUCUAUCCUAACAUCUUCAAAACCUUUAUUCGGGCAAUUAGCUGGGAAAACAUCAGUGUUGAAAGCUUUGUCUCCUUCAGUUCUACAAGCCUCUCUGAAUGUCACUCCACAAUUUGAGGAACUUUUCAAGUCAAAGAAAGAGGUGUUGGAUGUCAUACAAUUCUCUUUUAGGUUGUCUAUAUGGGCUAGCUCAAGACACCCAAUGCAACCCGAGUAUGGCCCAAGAUGGGCCACACUCUUUUGGAACUGGGCUAGACUAAAGGUUUUGGCUCGUAGGCUAGCCCAGGCUUGA